AUGAGUGAAUCUUAUGAAGGAGAUCCGCAGGUCAUUUCGGCUUCCAGAGAAGAGGUUUCUUCGUCGUCUUCUCCGCCUCAAGAAGAUGAUGUGGUAGAUCCGACACCCACUCCUCCAACAACGGCUGGUGAUGAUAAUGAGGCGGGAGAAGCAGCAAAUGCGGAGGAAGCUCAACACGAAAAUCAUGCACUUCAACAAGAGGAAGAACCCGAAGAUGAUGAAGAAGGAUUUAAACCUUUUGAUCCAAAUGCAUCCAUGAACGUCAGUAAUAUUGUAAAUACUCAACUGAAUGAUACCAUGGGAAGUUUUGUCUCUUCCGCGAAUGCCUUGCAAGGCAUCAAUGACAAUAAUGAUACUCCGAAUGUCAUCCAAGAUGUCGAAGCAUUGAGAGAGGAAGAAAAUAGAAAGAAACGAGAAGAACAUUUGAAAAUGAAAAUUCGUCAGCUCAAGGACGAAGAACAGUCCUACUCGAAAAUUAAUCUCACCAAUAUUAAUGCGAAUUGGUUGUACUUGAUGAGAGAAAGUAAAUUGAAAGAGCUCAAGGAAACAAUUCAAAUACAGGCUCAGGAUCACGACCGAUUAGUCGACAGAAAGAAUGCCACCAUUCAACUCAUGUACAGAGAAUUGGAUGAAUCCGAGGAGCAGUACCGAUCUUCUCUGAGAACUCACAUGCAACAUAUCGAGGAAUUGCUACAAUUGCAAGAUCAACGUCUCACUAUUCUCCAUCAAGAGUUCAACAAUGACUUGUAUCUCUUAAAAAAGGAAUAUGAGGAAGAAAUGGAAGAAUUACGGAUCAAACACGAGGAGGAAAUGAAGGAAUGGGCUGAAAUUACCAAAGAAAUGGAAAAGAGAGAGGAAAAAACGAAUGAACUCAUGGAAAUGGAUUUUGUCCAAACCAAGGAAAAGGUCAAGAAUCGAUAUCAGGAAGAGCUCAUACAAAUGGUCGGCAACAUGAAUGACAAAAUCGAAGAAUACCGCCGCAUCACCAAGCAAGAGAACAAUGAUCACUACGAAUCCAUGAAUCAAAAAUAUAAGGAUUAUAUCAUUUUGAGAGAACGUGACAGCAGUUACAUUGAAAUUAUCAAGAACCAAACGUAUCAAAUCAAAAUGAAGGAGGAAGCUCUAGCUCACUGGAAAGCAAAAUGGUUGAACAAUCUCAGAGAGUGCGAGGACAGAAACAACAAACUCAUUAAGGAGAAGGAUCAGCUCUCCCAACAUUUCAAGGAACUCAAAAGAAGAUGA